AUGAAAGCGAGUCGAAGCGGACGCGGCUUCUCUAGAAUGAGGAUUUUGCGGAUCUCCGGCGGGAUCCUAGCAUUCGGUAUGCCUGUCAAUAACCUUGGCAAUAUUCUCUCUAGCCAAGGGAAAUAUGAUGAGGCGGAAGCGAUAUACCGACGAGACCUGGAAGGUAGUAAGAAAGUGCUUGGACGUGAGCAUCCUAAUACGGUCACUAGUAUCAAUAACCUUGGUAAUAUUCUUGACAGCUAA